CCGCGUUCUUCCACUCGUACUUCACACGUUUUUUCUUGUUCUCGAACUUUUCAGUUCACAGAAUUGGUUUCGAUAAAACGCAAUGUCAAAGCGCGUCUGGAACCGCAACCAGCGCUCGGUGUCCCUGCCCAGGAGAGAGUUCGUCGAAAUAAACCCCAUGAUGCCCGGCCAGAGCGUCGCAGCAGAAGUCGCACGCGGGCGAGCAUCAUCCGGACCUCAGAUGACUGUGGAGACCCUGUUUCCCACUUCUCAGGCGGGAAAGGAGCAUCCGGAUCAAUGUGGAAAACCCAUGGACCGAGUUUUGAAGGAAAGGAAGGAAAACAUGCAGAAUUGCGAGGAAGGGAGUGACCACCUGCCUGCAACUUCCUCGAUGCCCAAGAUGGAUGAGUUGGGACCCGGCUGGCGAUCUUGCCAGAACGGCGAUUUCUCUCGGAAGAAUCGUAGUAGCCCUCAGCUGUUCUGUACAGUGCAUUCGACAAGUUCUAUUAACUUUUCAAGCGACGACAACAAUUAUCCCGAUUCAAACACAGGAGGCAUUGGGAAAACGACACACACGGUCACAGGAAAGGAACCGAAAACGCGUGCAGAAGAUCAAAGGUCAGGAAAGGUGGCCCAUCUAGGCAGUCUAAAUAGCAAGACUAAGCAAAGGAGGCUGAUGAGUAGUACAAAUCGGUGCAGGGUGGGUUCGGAGGAUUUUGUUUACCAUCAGACCCUGAAUGAUGUCUUCUCCCAGUGGGACACUUCUGAGUCGCCAGAUUGCCAGCCGUCGACCAGUAAAAGUAAUCCAUACCAGAUUGCGAAUAAUCUGCCAUCCGGAUGGACAGCUCCGCCGACCAACUACUCGGACUUCCUCUUCACGGCGGACCUAGGAAAAGGGCUGGAGGUCGAAAGCCUGAUGCCCGAGCUACUGACUCCACCGGGCACCUCCCAGCCGCUGGAAAAGAAUUCUCCGACUCAGGACUUGUAUGUCUUGAUGGGCAACGACGACAAAUUUCCGCUAAGCAUCUGCACCGACGAUAUAUCCAAAAAUGAUCCAUUGUGGGGCUCCACUUGCAUUAACUGGGAAGAAGGCAACGGCAGGAACUUUGACUUGAACCACGUCUGCGAGAAGGCCUUGUGCGAACUCCCAGACCCAACUGCUUCUCCGGAAACUGUGGAAGACUGGCAGGCCGUCGAGACUAUUUGCAUGCGUUUGAGGGGCUUCGAGGUGCCGGGCGACCUGGGUCUUCUGCAGGAACCUCCAUCCUUGGAUGAUGUACUCGAGGUUAUCGGGGACUUGGAGGCGAAGGACACGAAGGAUCCGAAGAAUUAGUUGCUGGGUAUAACUUCAGCCAUAGGAAAACUUACACUAGAAUUACCAAACAUUUUUUUUAUUAAACAUUUUGAACAAUUUUUUGAAACGGGACACAUGGUUAUCCGCCGAUCUACUUGAUAUUUGAGAAAAAUUAGUAUGUAAGUACCUGUGCAUUUCUAUUCCCCAAAACCAAUAUUGCCUCCACAC